CCUUGCAUGCAUGUACAUGUGAGAGAGCGGGUUGCGUAGCGCAGUUUGCAGCUUGUCGCCGAGCGACAUGCCCCAUGUUUUAUAAUAACCGGACAUGCAGCUAAAGGAUUAAAAUUCGAGGGUAUGAGAGAGUGGCUAGCAGGAUGGAGCGAGCCGUAGGUACAAGCAGCAGAAACUGUUCUACAGAAGAGUCGGAGGAACCAGGGCAAGCUUCAGCAAUAGCUGAUGAAUCGGUACCAGAAGAACAUAAGACGACAAACCUAAAGAGGAAAAAGAAAAAAUCAAAGAAGAUCAAAUUUAAACCAGCAUUUGAUCUGGACAAUUCUUUUUGGGGUAGGUUAUAUGAAAAUCUUGAGAGACAUCCUAAAGCGAAGACAAAAGAUGCUGAAGAACAUCCAUCAUUUUGGGAUACAUAUGGCGUUGAGGAUACAGAGGUUGAUAGCGCAGGUGAUGGAUCAGACCCAUCUGAUAUGGAAGAAGAGAACGAUACUUCACCUGUUUCCUGGUUUGAUGCAAGUAAGGAGAGAUAUGAGAAUAAUGAGGACAUAACUGAUAUCAUUGUUGGAGAAAGCCUUGAUAUCAUAUACAGACCGAACGAGUCAGUGAGUUCUGUAAAGGAGGAAAGUAGUAUAGAAGAGCUUCAGGAACUGUUAAAGAACCAACCUGGCAAGUACAAGAGAUGCCAGAUAAAGCUUGAAGGACCACACUUGGCUAUUUGUAAAGUCCUCGAAGAGAGACAUACUCAUGAGGAAAUUGAGAUUCACGGCAGAGGAAAAUGUGGGAGGACAUUCAAUGGAGAUGAAGUUGUGGUUGAAAUUUUACAAAGGGGAUCAAAUGGGAAAGAUGAUAAAGAGGUAGACAAUGAUAAAAUGUACGGCCGAGUUGCAGGUAUUUUGUAUAGCAAGUUUAAAGAAACUGACUUCACUGUAAUGGCUUGCACUUCCAACAGCAAGGAAGUACAUUUAAUGAAUCCAAUAUGCAACAGUGUACCUAAAAUUAGUGUCUGGCGGCAUUUUUCCAGGGAAAAGGAGAAGAAGUAUAAUAUUGAUGUGUACAAAGUAGGAGAUGAUGGACGACUUUUUUUUAGUAACCAUUUUGAAAUUGUCCCUGAGAAACGAAGACGUUACCUUUUUCUUGUUGUGUAUUUGUUAUGGCGUCCUGAAUGCACUUACCCUCAGGGUGCUGUUGUUCAAGUGCUUGACUGUAAAAAAAACUUUCAAGGUUGCCUUGAUGUUCUGAACACGCAUUUCCAAGUGCCUCGUUACUAUGGAAAGAAAACGGUGUCACAUGUCUCUGAGUUGACAGGAAGUCCUGCUAUUCGGACACCAACCGAUGAAGAAGAUAUACGCCACAUGACGGUCUUUACAAUUGAUAGUGCCGAUUCAAGGGUAUUGGAUGAUGCUCUGAGUGUCUGGAAGACGGAAAGGGAAGGAGUUGACGUCUUGCUGGUUGGCGUCCAUAUAACAGACGUCACAUCAGUGGUGACGAAAGGAAGUGCAGUUGACAAAGAGGCGGAGAAAAGAGCCACAAGUUACUUGGCUUCAGAAAGGAGAGGCAACCAUAUGAUGCCAGAACCUCUGAGCCAAAACAUUUUGAGCCUGCUCCCGAACUCGGGUAGAUUUGUUAUCUCUGUUUUCUUUCUGUUUGACAAGGAGGGGAAGCAACUUGGAAAUCCUGAUGUAAAAAGGAGGUUCAUCAGAUCAUGUCGAAUGUUCUCAUAUCAAGAAGUUCAGGCAAUUAUUGACGACCCUGCGGGUUCACGAAACAGAGACACUGACACUAAAAGUAGUGUUCUAACCCUUCACAUACUGGCACGGCACUUACGGAAACAACGAUUGAAGAACUCAAGAUUUGAAGCUUCUCUUGAAGAUACGAAAUGUAUUGGUAUUGAAAACGAAAAUAGGGAUACUGAUGCUCGUCGUCUUGUUGGGGAAUUUAUGAUAAAAACAAAUACAUUCAUAGCAUCAUAUUUGAUGGAUGCUUUCAGACACUGUGUGCCUCUGAGGUGUCAAGCAGAUCCACCUGAAGACAAGCUUCAACUUUGGGUUAGAAGAGAAGGAUAUGUUAAGGACUUUCUUGUAAAACUACAAGAUAGACCUAUCCUUGGUAGCACUUGUAGCAUUGACAAUCAGGUGGAGAAAAAUGAUAAUACAGAGACAAAGUAUAUUUCAGUACAGAAGGUUGUAUGGGAUGAAAUACUGAAAGCUGUAGCUUUACAAGAUCUCAAGAAAGUGAGAUAUGGGAUGUGCUGUGACGUACUGCAUCCACUCCAGGGUCUGGCCAUUGAACACUUGAUGAAUAUAGAGGAAACGGCAGCGUACAGGUGCUCAUCAGAAAAAGAAAACACAACACACUUUUCACUCAACAUGUUCCCAUAUACUCACUUCACAUCUCCGCUGAGAAGAUACACAGACCUAAUUGCGCACAGACUCGUUAGUGCCGUGUUAGAUGAGAAGGAAGCUCCAUACACACAAGGAGAAGUUUCAAACAUAUGUGCCCGGAUGACAGAAAAGCACCAGAGAAAAAAGGAAUUUGACCGUUCUUACAGAGUUACAAGAGAGUGCAAGAAGUUCGCCAAAUCUCCACGUACAUUUAAUGCCAUUGUUGACAAUGUAAAUACCUGGCAGGUAACAUUGUUUAUUCCAUCUCUUAGAGGCAUAUCAUUUGGGCGAUUGGAAUUGCCAUUCAACCUAUUAGACUGUUCCAGGAAUCCCAAAUUAAGAACACUACCUGAAGGCAAGAAAGAGGUUCUUUGUUUCUGGAACAAGCGUUUCUACACAUGCGAGGAGCAAACAACGGGCGACAGAAGACAUGCACGGGAAACAUUUGAACUUGCUGAAGAGGAGCAUGCUGGACAGGAGCAGGAUAUGGUUUAUAGAAGGACUGAUUUCCGCGAAAAACAUGCAGAUGACAAAUCUGGAGAGAGAUUUGAUGCAGAAGCAUCGGAAUCUCGACGAAGUCUCAUAGACUCAAACUUGCACACAACGGACAUACCUUCAUUCCAGUUUGCUCAGUUCCUCAAAGGAGUGUUCAAAAUGUCAGAAGAAGAAGAAUAUACAGCAAUAUCCUCCACUGAAGGCCUACAAAAACUGGUUCCUGGAUUAAUCCCAUCUGCAAAACACUCCGAGGAAGAAGAAGAUACAGCAAUAUCCUCCACUGAAGGCCUACAAAGACUGGUUCCUGGAUUAAGGUCCUUAGUCCCAUCUGCAAAACACUCCGAGGAAGGGACACGAAGACUGGUUUCUAGUGGAAGCGGCUUGGCUUGGCACUACAUCGAAUUCAGUCUCUCAUUCUCACCUGGCCAAGUAGUCCGGGUUCAAAUCCAUGCCGCACCAGACAGAGGUCUACCAGCUCCAUAUGUGCAGCUGUUUCAUAUUUGUGACAACUUUGAUCUGUGUCUCACCCACAUGGACGAUCCAGUGGCUAUAUUUGCGAAGUAUGUGUCUGUGCCAGUGAAAGAUAGGAAAUUUCGCUGCAUUGAGGAAUACCAAAAUGGAUGGCUGCCUGUUCUUGAGAUGGAGAGUGCAACAAGUUCAGUUGGUAGUGAACAAACAAUUGUCAUUGAUGAUGCUGAAGUUACAAUUGUUAAGAAAAAUCUCAAAGGAAAUAUAAUAUAUGUCGGUACCAUAGGUCUGGAUCCAAAAUUUUGUGAUAGUCGCCAGAUUGAGAUUGGUGGGAAAAGUGUAGAGAUGCUAGAAAAAAUGAAGCUGGGAGAAAGCAGCUUCAGUAAUUUGAACUAUGCCUCUCUUGACUAUCUGUGUAUACGGCACGCGGUAGACAAGGACUCAAGUGUCUGGGUAGGUCAUGCCAUUGUCAGGAAGGUUAAGCUGAAGAAACCUGUAGGUCGCUAUGUGGACAUUGACCCUGAUGCUGGAACAGUGAUCGUUACCUUUGAACUGAGACGGAAUUCACCACAACCACCAAGCAUGUUGAUGGGUAAACCGUUUGGGGCCACGGUAGAAAUCAUCCCAAAAUCCCAAGCUGACAGGAGAACCGAGCAAAUGAUAGUUGCUCUCGAGCCACAGGGUGACUACUUGGCCAAAAACAUAGCCCUCAGUCGUUUUGACCUGCUGAACACACGGGAAUGGUGUCAGCGGCUUGCCUUGUGCAUGAAAAGCCCAACAGACCUGACAGAUGAAGAGAGACGCUGUUCAACUACGACAAUCAACAAUGAAAGUCAGACGAAGGCAAUAAGGAGAGCUUUGGAGUAUCCUUUCAGCUUGAUACAGGGACCUCCUGGCACUGGAAAGACCACCAUUGGAGUGAAGUUGGUGUUUCUCUUUGACAGAAUUAACAAGCAGAUGUUUUCAGAGGGCCAUGACCAAAAACGGAAGCAGGUCCUUUUUUGUGGACCAUCCAACAAGUCUGUGGAUCUGGUUGCACGCUCCCUUUUGAAGAAACUGGGAAAGGACAUAUGUCCAAAAUUUCUCCGUGUUUAUGGAAAGAGUGUUGAACAAGCAGAUUUCCCAGUUCCUGUAAGGAUUUAUGCUUCUAAUAAGAGGAGAAAAAUCCAAAAGUCAGAUCCAGAACUCAAAGAAGUUACACUACACCAUGUCAUCAGACAAACUGAUAAACCCCAUGCUCCAAAAAUCAGGGACUAUGAUGAAAGGUUCCGCAGGUACCUCAAUUCCAGUACGACUAAGCGGGAAAACAUUACCUUGGAAGAUGUGAAAGCUUAUGAUAAACUGAUAAAUGAUGCUGAGAAAGAGGAACUGGAGAAGUAUGAUGUUAUUCUGUGUACGUGCAUUGUGGCUGGACGCUGGAGUAUCCGCAAGACAGUAACUGUUCACCAGGUCAUCAUCGACGAGAGUGGCAUGUGCACAGAGCCCCAGAGCAUGAUCCCCAUCAUCGCCAAUCAUCCAGAACAGGUUGUUCUGAUAGGCGACCAUAGGCAGUUGCGGCCAAUCAUACAAUGCCAAGCAGCAGCCGAACUUGGCCUUGACCAGUCCCUGUUUGAGAGAUACAGGGCCAAUAUUGCUUUUCUAAAUAUGCAGUACAGGAUGCAUCCGGAAAUCUGCAAAUUUCCAAAGAACCAGUUUUAUCUUGGUAAACUGGAGACCGGCCCGUCCAAUCCAGAGGAGGCCGACUGGUACAUCGCCCCAGGGAAGGAGCUGUCCAUCUGGCCAGUGAGCACCAACCCCAAGGUGUUCUGCCAUAUAGAAGGGGAGGAGGAGACUUUUACUGUCACUACACAGGACGGCAAUGAAAUGUCAAAGUCCAACGUGAAAGAAGCCGAUAAACUGGCUGAGGUGUUCAUGUACCUUGUUCAGGUGAAACAGAUCCCUGUGAAGGACAUCAACUUGAUGUCUCAGUACAAUGCACAGAGGAGUCUCAUUAAAGGAAAACUGGAGGACAAAUUAGCUAAAGAUCCUCAUCUUUCCACACAGCUGGAGGACCUGACUGUUCAAACUGUUGUAGCUAGUCAAGGAAGCGAGUGGGACUACGUGAUAUUCAGCACUGUGCGGUCCCUGCCCCACUACAAGAUAGAGAGUAACCCAACGUUUGGCUGGUGCAAACACAACCUUGGCUUCAUCACAGAUGCUAACCAGAUCAACGUGGCGAUCACUCGGGCUAGAAAAGGAUUAAUCAUUAUUGGAAAUUCAAAUCUUCUUCAGUGUGACAAAGUCUUGAAACAACUGAUAGCUAUGUAUCGCAAAGAAGGAUGUUUUGUAACAUCAACAUUUUGGCCAAACAAAUCAAGCUAACACAGAAUUGAAGAUACAGGCAAUAAGGCCAUCUUAGUUCAAACUUAAGGUGAUAAGUUCACCCUAAAACAAAAGACUGGAUCGAUGGUGAUCAGUUCAUCCUUAUACAAAGACUGGAUCGAUGGUGAUCAGUUCAUCCUUAUACAAAGACUGGAUCGAUGGUGAUCAGUUCAUCCUUAUACAAAGACUGGAUCGAUGGUGAUCAGUUCAUCCUUAUACAAAGACUGGAUCGAUGGUGAUCAGUUCACCAAUAUACAAAGACUGGAUCGAUGGUGAUCAGUUCACCAAUAUACAAAGACUGGAUCGAUGGUGAUCAAUUCACCCUUAUGCAAAGACUGGAUCAAGGGUGAUCAGUUCACCAUUAUACAAAGAUCGGAUCCAUGGUGAUCAGUUCACCAAUAUACAAAGACUGGAUCGAUGGUGAUAAGUUCACCCUUAUACAAAGACUGGACCCUAAUACAAAGAUCGAGAUUAAGAUGCUCAGUUCACCCUUGUACGAAGACUGAGGUUUAGGUCAUCAGUUCACCCUUGUACGAAGACUGAAGUUUAGGUCAUCAGUUCACCCUUGUACGAAGACUGAGGUUUAGGUCAUCAGUUCACCCUUGUACGAAGACUGAGGUUUAGGCGAUUAGUUCACCCUUGUACGAAGACUGAGGUUUAGGUCAUCAAUUCACCCUUGUACAAAGACUGGGGUUUAGGUGAUCAGUUCACCCUUGUACGAAGACUGAGGUUUAGGCGAUUAGUUCACCCUUGUACGAAGACUGAGGUUUAGGUCAUCAGUUCACCCUUGUACAAAGACUGGGGUUUAGGUGAUCAGUUCACCCUUGUACAAAGACUGAGGUUUAGGCGAUUAGUUCAGCCUUGUACGAAGACUGAGGUUUAGAUUAUCAGUUCACCCUUGUACAAAGAUCGAGUUUAAGGCGAUCAGUUCACCCUUGUACAAAGACUGAGGUUUAGGUCAUCAGUUCACCCUUGUACAAAGACUGGGGUUUAGGUGAUCAGUUCACCCUUGUACGAAGACUGAGGUUUAGGCGAUUAGUUCACCCUUGUACGAAGACUGAGGUUUAGGUCAUCAGUUCACCCUUGUACAAAGACUGGGGUUUAGGUGAUCAGUUCACCCUUGUACGAAGACUGAGGUUUAGGUCAUCAGUUCACCCUUGUACAAAGACUGAGGUUUAGGCGAUUAGUUCAGCCUUGUACGAAGACUGAGGUUUAGAUUAUCAGUUCACCCUUGUACAAAGAUCGAGUUUAAGGCGAUCAGUUCACCCUUGUACAAAGAUCGAGGUUAAGGUGAUCAGUUCUCCCUUGUACAAAGAUCGAAGUUAAGGUGAUCAGUUCACCCUUGUACAAAGAUUGAAGUUAAGGUGAUCAGUUCACCCUUGUACAAAGAUCGAAGUUAAGGUGAUCAGUUCACCAUUAUAAAAUGACUGAGGUUAAGUUUAGUUGUUCACCCUAAAAAGAAUUGAUUUAUGGUGAUCAGCUCACCCUUGUACAAAAACUGAGGUGGAGGGGCGAUUUCAUCAUCUUAAUACAGUUGACCAUUAUUAGUGAUUAGUUUACCGUAUCACAAAAAAUGAAGUGAAGAUGAUUUGAUCACCCUAAUACAUUGAUUCAAUUGAGGGUUAUCUGUUCACCCUAUUACAAAGACAAGUGAAUGAUCUUCGAUCACCCUAAUACAAAGAUUGACCUUAUGGAGAUUUGUUCCCCUAAAAUCGAGUGGUCAAGUUUUUAUUCUCUCUUUAUUUCCGAUACUGAAAGGUCACAGGCCUGUAGUGAAAUACAUUUACACGCACACGCAAAGCAAUAUUUACACGCACAUGUAAUAUACAUGAAGAAGAGAAAGUAAUCAAGGGUAGCUUAUAUUGUGCUCUGAGAUAUAUUCUGUUAUUUAACAAUGCUGAGAGUUGUUAAAGGUUUGGAUGGACAAAAUAAUAUUUCUUCAUAUACAACCUUCUCAGGGAAUUAUAAGAAGGGCAAAUAAAAAGAAAAUUAUUUGAAUCUACUAUUUGGUUAAGAUCACAAAGUUUGCAAUUUCUAUUUUCGUGAUUUUUAAAUCUUCCACUUUCGAUAAGUAAAUGUGAAGAACAUCUCCUAAACUAUUUUACGUUUACUCUUGAAAGAUGAAGUCCUUAUUUACAAAAACUGACAGGCCACGUGCCUAUUUUGAUGAGGAAUGAACAGACACUAUUGUCUACAACGUGCAAGUGCUAUUCAAUCAGCUAUUCAAGUCCAUUUUAGAAUUAAUGGGUACUGUGAUAUUUGUGUAAUCAACAGACAGGACUUUAUGUGUUUACCCAAACAAGGUUUCGAAGCCCCGACUUAGAGAAAGGGGCUUUUCUCAUCAUAACACAAUGGCUUGAUUAGAGGUAUAUCAUCAUUUGAGUAAAAUGUGUUAACGCCAUCCAGAAUAAUGUAUUUUGAGUACAGAUGCCUCGCUUCCGAAUUUUAAGGCGAGAAAGCGAUGGCCCUAAUCAGCCACCAUACUUUAGUGAAUGUAGGUGUCUUUCAAUCUGUUGUUAUACAAAUGUAAAAUUGUACAAAUAUUGAUUUUGAAAAGUGUUUGUACUGUAGAAUGGAAUGUUGAGUUCACAUUUCCUUUAUGUUAUAUAUAUUAUAAUAUAUAUAAUAACUAUGCAUUUUCCAUGUCAGCAUUCAUGCAUAUCAAUGACUCUUGUUUGUUUUUUUAGUUUGACCUUCUGAAUCACAUUUGUCAACACUUGAUAUCGGAGCCAUGAUUUUAACUACUGCCUGGCCUUUUGUGCGGCCUGUUUCAACCAGUAUUGUGCCUGGCAUUCUUUUGUAGCUGAUCAGCACGUGUUUCUAUACUCAGGGGCAUUCACUUUGAGAUUGCACAAACACUGAACAAAUAUCCUGCCUUUUUCAGGAUUUUGUUUUCUUACAUUCAGCUAAAUCUAUUUACAUAUUAUGUAUACAUUAUCACGUCAUUUUUGCUUAGGGACAUGUUAUUGCAGCCAUAUAUUAUAUAUUACAUUUUACUGGACAAUAUUGAUAUUUGAAGUUGAUUUAUUGUGAUACGUGGUAAAUACAGCAUAACAGUGAAGAAGGUCACAACUUUGUGGGAUUCACAUUUUGAGACAUAUUUUUAUUAGUGAUGUGAUUAAAUGAGGUAUUUUUGUUUUUACUUCGGUAGUACUCGUGGGGGAAUUUGAGCAUUGUUUGUAUAGAUGUAAUGUUUUACUGCAAUGUAAAUAAAAUUCAAAAUGCUAUUACGUUUUCCUACAAAUCAAAAAUAAGUAAAAGUGAUUCUUAUCUGCACUUACUGUCGUAUCAGUUGGUUUUUUUCAGCAUAACAAAAAGACCAUGAUGAAGAAGUUACAAUUUAGUACUUGAAUAAGUCUGAUUUUUGUCAGGCUUCUAUGCAUAAUACGGUAUUGGAACCAUCUGAGAUUUGUGUUUUUUGUUGUUUUAAAUGGAAAAUAGCAAAGUCUUCCAAAUACCUUCCGAUAUUUCUGUAUUAUUGUCAUUUCCUAGUUUAAUUGACUCUGUUCGUUUUCUUGUAAAUCAUAUUCGUUUGAUAAAGUGGCAUUGAUUAGUCUGUAUCCGUUUUCCUCUCUGUAUAAAGUUGCAUGGAAUUUACAUUGAAUAAAUGGUUCUUCAACUUUCCUAUCAAAUUAUAAAGUUUAUUAUUCCAUUAUGGAAUAUAAACUUUAUCAUUUGUUAAUAUGUUUUUUUAGAGUUGAUAGAACCUACCUGUCCAAAAAACAUUUGGUCUGAAUGUAAAGAAUGUACCAUCAGUUUUGACAGAUCAUUGAUGAAUUUUAUGUUUGCUUUUAAGUAAUGCUAGUAAGUACAUGGUUCAAGUCAAAUCUGGAUACUAGCGUUUGCAAAUAUAUACAGGGUUUAUACAGUUUGUUUGUUGUGACUGGAUUUUCGAUUCAUAAACAUCUUUCUAAAAGGGAUUUCUGAUUUUAGGUAUGACCAUUCUUCUUAAAUGUUAAUUUAACCAAAAA